GACGAACGUAUGGGCCAAACGGUGCGUUUGUAUGCCUUGGUGGAAUCCUCGUUGAAGAAGAUCACUGCACAGUCAAUAAUUGAUAACAUCCGUAUGCAGAUUCUGCCAUUUGAUCGAACAUAUGACGAUCAUCCCAUCAAUGAUGUUGGAAACGACAUACAGGUUCGUCUUGUGGUAGAUUUUACGACGUAUUUUGCGACAUAUAUACAUAUAAACUGUAACGGUUUUGUAUAUUCGUUUUCCGGUUUUCUUGGUGAAACACUCGUUAAAAUUUACAAGCAGUGCUCGCAGCUGCAUAUCGGAAAUAAUGAAGAAAUGCCCAAUGUUGUCGUUGCCGUGGCUCGCGGCAGUGUCAUGAUUUUCGGCAUUUUGGGAAAAGCUGUGAUCGCUAUAUUGCGAAAAAAUCCCGGUUUUUAUGGAAAUCCGCUUGACGAACUGAAGUAUUCGCUUUUGAGCAACUGUACCGUGCCGGUUGCAAUGAUUGAGCGCAGUGACCAACGAUUUUUUAUAUUUACCACUGCAACAAUGAAAAUUCUGCUGCGUGCACUGCCGUCGCAUUCGUUGUUCACAUGCAGUCAUGUUGCGAUGACAUGGGCGCUGCAUAUCUGGCAAGUGAGUCUGUAUUCGAAAGAUCCGCUCGAAGUAACCGGAGUUGGCUUUCUUCUCGUCGAACCGUUAUGGAAGCUGAUCAGUGAAGGCGCCAUCGAUGUGGGUCAGCAGUUGCUUGAACGCCCUGGUCCAAAGAGCGACGAACAGGCUGCGAAAGAGGAGAAGAUGUGGUUGCAGCUGCUGCAAAAGGACGGACAGCAGCCGAAAAAUCCAAACUUCCAGAAACAGCAGUCGGAAAAUCCAGACGCCCAGGAGGAACAGUCGAAAAAUCCCAGCGUCCAGGAGCAGCAAAAAAGCAACAGCGAAAAGGUUAAGCAGUUGAAAAGAGUGUUGAGCCGCGGCUGGCGUAUCUAUGAAAAAAUGUUAUCAACUAUCGAAAAAAUGCUUCGCGACGAACGCAUUGAGAUGACCGCACAUCUAAACCGCGCCAAGCAAUUCAAGGCGCUCCUGGCGAUUUACAGUGACGUGUCGUGGUGGGGAGAAACCAUUCAGCGCAUAGAGGAGCGCCAGAACACGCAGCUCAAGCAGAUGCGCUUCUUCGUGAUUAAAGUCCUGAAUUACCAGUCACUUGCACAGGGCGACCUGUUACUCAACAUCGAUAAGCUAAUCCGCUGUGUGGACCGGCUCGGUUCCGAGAAAGACAUUGAAGCUUGCACAUAUCGAGUGUCUCGUUGUUACGAAAACGUAAAGAAUGUUAUGGUAUUUUUGGUCAAGAUGUCCGGAGACCUGACGGCGCAGAGAAAAGAGAUGAAGGAGAUUGCUAAACUUGGUCGCAGCGCACAAACCGAUGUGAAUUUAAUGAUGAACCUGGAGGGGCUGGGCUGGGUUUCCAACAGCCCCGCUCGCUGA